GGAUUACAUUCCUCGAAAGGGGAGGAUGUGUGAGUGUCCGUGUGUGGUUGCACGGCACUUUGAUGAAAUCACACGCGCUUCCAGAAGAGUAAUAGAUACGGAAGAGGUUUGAGGAAGCAGUUUACUACAGACAGCGCGAAGGAGCAUUAAUCUUACAGUGCUCCGUUUACCGAGGACCAAAAUGGAUGUUUUUAUGAAAGGAUUUUCCAAAGCAAAGGAAGGGGUGGCUGCGGCAGCUGAGAAAACCAAGCAGGGAGUAGCAGACGCGGCAGAGAAAACUAAAGAAGGGGUGCUUUAUGUUGGGUCCAAAACCAAAGAAGGCGUUUCAAGCGUCGUUUCAGCGGCUGAGAAGACGAAGGAGCAGGCCUCUUUAGUGGGUGGAGCUGUUAUCACAGGAGUCUCAGCUGUGGCUCAGAAGACCGUGGAUGGAGCUGGAAACAUUGCAGCAGCCACUGGUCUGGUGAAAAAGGAUGAUUUCCCAUCUGAAAUAAAGCCUGCAGAGCUCGGGCAAGAAGCUGUGGAAGAAAUUUUAGAGGGAAAUACAAUGGAACCAGAAGGUGAAAUUGAACCUGAAGCAUAUGAAGAGGCCCAGCAGGGGGUGUAUGAAGAAUAUGAAGCAGAGGCAUGAAGCACAAUAUGACCAUGAAUAUUAAAAGAAAACUCUAAUUGUCUUCUAUUGAUCCAAUGAUUCCUUAACUUUUUUGUUAUUUUCUUAUGCAGUGUAAAAUAAUCCUUUGUUAGUCAUACUGUUGUUAUAAAAUGUUACCUGCCGUGGCUCAUUUCAUUUUAUUCCUCCUACUGAAAUGAGACCUUGACUUUGUAGAGAUCCCAUUGUUUGUGAACUGUUUCUACAUAUGAUAUCAUGUGUUUAAGAAUGACAAAUAUUAAUAUUAACUUCAAGUUUGAACUUCAAAUUAAAUGGCUAUCUAGCUGUACAUUGCUUGUUUGUGACCAAGUAUUUCAUAUUGACUAAUUUUUAUACAUUGUUGAAUGUUGUUUUAUUGUAACCUCCAAAUAGGAACUAAAUAGAAUCUUUAUUAUAUUGAAUUGUGGAAUAAAAGUGUCCAGGUGAGUCGCAAGGCAAGCAAAUAUAAGAGGAUAUGUUUUUGUGUUGAUAAGAUUGCCCACCUGUAAAUAAAGUGAUGGAAUUACA